ACGUACACUCUUUCUCAAUUCACGUAAUUUUUUAAUGGAAUUUUCACAGAAUUAUAAUUCGCAACAUCAUGAAACUGGAUCAUAUCAAGGAAUAUUUAUUCCACACUCUGGAAAGCCUCAAGUAAUAACAAUAAAUAUCGAAUCUAAUGAUAUACGACGGAAACUAAAUUGCGAAUUAUCUGACCAUGUCACUCUUUGGGCAAAGGGUUACAAACUUUGUUUAUUUUGUGAUGAUAGUGCUGUUGACAAAAAUUUACCUAAGAAUCCUAUAACUACCCGUCUAAUAUCUAAUCUUUCUGGAAUGGAUUAUAAAGAAGUCAUACAAGGAAAUAUUCUACUAUUGGACGACGAAAAAAAGUUAACUAUUAAAGAUCUUAGUUCACUAAUGAAAGUGACUGUAGAUGCACCUAAUAUAAAAGAUGUCGCAACCUGUAUAUUAGCAAAUUUCUAUCAAUUAAUUGAACUAAGAAAAACUUUUCAUAAUUUUUCUUCUCUUGGAGUCAAUUUUCUCAGGUCUUUGUCAAAGUCUUGUUUAAUUCAUAUCGUAUGUCGUGAAGUAACCGGAAAAGAAAGCUUAUCACAAUACAAGCGGUAUCAUCGACGAGCAUGUUAUCUUAGAGAAGACAUGGAAUCUGUCGCUCCAGAAGAAUGGGAUUUAAUAAUUGUUCAGAUUAAAAAUCUUCAUCGCAUCAAAAUCGCAGAAUUAGAAGAAUCUUUGGGACAAAAUCUAGAUGUCAUGAUUGAUGAGAAAGAAGCAGUUUUGCGAGAUGAAUCAAUUAUUAAUAACGAAAAAAAUCGUAAUACCUUUUGUAGAUUAAUUCUUACAGCAAACAAAGUUAAAUGUACGGGAUAUCCAUUUGACGGUGAUAUCCAAGGUUUAUUUAAUGAUAUCGAUAAAUUAAGAAAUAAUUUUUGGAAUAGUUAAAUUAUUUAUAAUAUUAUAGCUCACAUUGAAAUUAUAAGUUCAUGAAAAAUUCUACAAUAUCCUCAAAGAAUAUGAAGAGGUGCGAGGUGCAUUAAUGAACCGUAUUUAUUUUUUUAAAAAAAAACAUUAGUAUUUGCUAUAUUGUUUCUACGUAGAUUGAAUAUGUACAACUUUUUUUAUUUUGUACUAAGGCAAAUUCGUAAUAGCAAUAGAUGGCAUGGGAAUCGGUCUUGCCAACUUUUCGACAUAAUUUGGUAGAACCUCAGAAGGUUGAUAAUUAUCCUGAGGGAGUACCGGCUUUGCUGAAUAGCUUUAUGAUAUUUCCAAAUUACUAAUGAUUUAACGAAUAUUUUUGUAAUAUACAGUAUAUAAAUAACAUAUUUUUGGAAUAUUUCUAUUAUAUACUAAUAAAACAUUUAUUAUGGAUAUAUGC